AUGGUUGAAGAGAUAAGAAGAGAAAAGGAAAGUGUGGCAUAUAAAAUUGCAGCAACUGGGCCUUGCGUUGAAGAUGAAAGCAGGGUUGUUGAAACCCAAGACACAAUUAAUAAUAUUCCAAUGGGGAAUGCCUUGGGGGGAAAGAAAACCACGAAGGUGAUGAAGAUCGACGGGGAAACCUUCAAGCUCAAGACUCCGGUGAGAGUCUGCGACGUGCUCAAGGACCACCCGGGGCUGGUGCUGCUCGAAUCGGAGGCCGUCAAGCACUACGGCGUCCGGGCGAGGCCGCUGGAGGCGCACAGGGAGUUGGCGCCCAAGAGGCUGUACUUUCUGGUGGAGCUGCCGCGGGAGGUGGAGGUGGCGCCGCGGAGGGUGCGGUCGGGGAUCAACAUGAGCGCCAAGGACAGGCUGGAGAGCCUGGUGCUGGCGCGGCGGUCUGCGUCGGACCUGACGAUCCUGAAGGGGCAGGGGAAAGAGGCGGAGAAGGGCGGCGUGCGGCUGAGGAUGAGGGUGGCGAAGGCGGACGUGGAGAGGGUGAUGCGAGGGUGCGAAACGGAGGCCGAGGCUGCGGAGAAGAUCGUGGGACUUUGCAUGGCCAACAACGGUCAGGUUAAACGCUGGAAGCAGGCGGAAGCCGAAGCGGAAGGAGGUGGAGAAUCUACAAAAGCACGCCAGAAAAGGGUGAGUUUUAUGCCAAUCAGUGAAGGAGGGAGUCCUAUAGCAGUGGCUUCGUGA